GAAAAAGCAGUCCAGUCCACUUUGCCAAGCCUAAAAGGAUGCCUCCACUGAAUGUGGCACUCGCUUGGGGUUUCUCAUCCAACACGUUUCUCUAGUAAGCAGCCAAGAGGGAAACCCAUCACUGGCUACAAGGGGGAGGAUUGAAGAAGGCUGGUUUUUCUCUCCCUUUCCCUCUCCUCCAUCCUUGGAAAAACUGAAUAGCACUGGAUGCAGUGAAAAAAGCUUCCUGUCUGGGACUGGAUUUGCCUGAAUGAAAGGGAAAAUGCUGUUCUUUUAUUCAGGCAGGAGAAAACCUGGGCUGAAAAUACCUAAAGAAGCAUUUGAACAACCACAGACAAGCUCUACGCCACCUAGAGAUUUGGACUCCAAAGCCUGCAUCAAUAUUGGUGACAAGAACUUUGAAGUCAAAGCUGAUGACCUGGAGCCAAUAUCAGAAUUGGGACGUGGUGCCUAUGGGGUGGUAGAGAUGAUGCGGCAUAUGCCCAGUGGGCAAAUUAUGGCAGUGAAGCGAAUCCGAGCAACAGUAAACAGCCAAGAACAGAAGCGGUUGUUGAUGGACCUAGACAUUUCCAUGAGGACAGUAGACUGCCACUUCACUGUCACUUUCUACGGUGCACUGUUUCGAGAGGGAGAUGUGUGGAUUUGCAUGGAACUGAUGGACACGUCAUUGGACAAGUUCUACAAGCAAGUCAUUGACAAAGGCUUGACGAUUCCUGAAGAUAUCUUAGGAAAGAUAGCUGUCUCAAUUGUAAAAGCACUAGAGCAUCUACACAGUAAGCUCUCUGUAAUUCAUAGAGAUGUCAAACCCUCCAAUGUACUGAUCAAUACACUGGGACAGGUGAAGAUGUGCGAUUUUGGAAUUAGUGGUUACCUCGUUGACUCUGUGGCCAAGACGAUGGAUGCUGGCUGUAAACCUUACAUGGCACCUGAAAGAAUCAACCCAGAACUAAACCAAAAGGGAUACAAUGUCAAAUCUGAUAUUUGGAGCCUGGGCAUUACAAUGAUCGAACUGGCAAUCUUGCGGUUUCCAUACGACUCCUGGGGGACGCCGUUCCAGCAGCUGAAACAGGUGGUGGAAGAGCCGUCGCCACAACUCCCAGCAGACAAGUUCUCAGCAGAUUUUGUUGAUUUUACCUCACAGUGCUUGAAGAAGAAUUCCAAAGAAAGGCCAACAUAUUCUGAGCUAAUGCAACACCGUUUCUUCACCCUGCAUGAAUCCAAAGAGACAGACGUGGCUUCUUUUGUCAAGCUCAUCCUGGGAAACUGAGAAAGGACUUGUACAUGAUUUCCCCCUUUUAUGGACUGGUGGGUUUAGGAGGUGGGGCACAUGCCAGAGCAACAGCGUUCAUCAAAUGAGAACCAGUAGGAGAACCUGCCACUGGCCACUGUUUUUUCUUCUCCUUUCUCCCCUUUUUGGUAAAAUACUACCCACUCAUCGCUCUUGAAGGCCUUUAAAGGGUUCUUUGAUAUCCAUAAUGGCAUAGAAUGAACUGGUUAGUGAAAUGAAUUUUAUUAAGUUUGUCAGCUGCAAACAAGGAUAUAUAUAUAUAUAUAUAUAUAUACACACACACACACACACACACACACAUUUAACAAGUGAAUUGAGGACAGUCAAGAGUUCUAUAACCAUCUUCUCAUCUCCUCAUACUUGGUUCCCUGUCAACCAGAUUUGCUUUUGUUUAUGGUAAUAGGUGCUAUGGUAGUUAUGAAGUUCUAUGUAGAGUUAUAUUUUGUUUUUACCAUUAUUUUAAUAUUUAUGUUAAGUGCUUGAUUUUAAUAGAAUCUUAGUUUUUUGUGUUUAUGUGAGAAUUAAAUGGUGAACAAUAUUGACAGCUAUAACAGCUAAAGCUACAAAGAUUAGUAUUUAUACGGCUUUGUUGGAGAAAGGAGAAUGGGAAAGGCAUGGGCCAUAUAGAUGUAUGUGGGGCGGUGGAGUGGACUAAUUUAAAUUUAAGGAAGCGUUUGUCUUAUAUAUUAGCCCAAUAAUAUCUGUAUCAUGCUUUAGGUGAUACCUGGAAAUGGUAUUUCUUUUGCAAGAGCAUCAAAAGAAUGCAAAUGUGUGAUUUUUGUGGUUGCUCUUAUCUCUUUGGUUUGGUUUAUAUCUACAAUCACUGAUGGUUCUUGAUACCUAAAAAAGAUAGUCCCAGGGGAUCUGGGUUUACCCAAGUGAAAAUUAUAGAAAUCUGUUAAGAAGUAUCCAAAAUCAAAAGCAGUGUUAGUCGUUUGACGUUUGGCCAAACAAUGGGAAAAUAACACCCAGUAAUUUACAACCAAGAAAUUGUUCAUACUGGUCAUGGAUGGCUAAGUCUGAUUGACUGGAGGGAAGGAGAGUCACGGGAAGAAAAUGAAACAAAGAGGGGCUUCCAGGAGAAAUGGAUUUCAAGAAAGGGGCAAAAGAUUUAACAGAAGAGCAUCAGUUUUGAAUUACAAAUUUUACAUUCUUAAGAAUGUACUAUGUUUGUCUUGGACAUGCAGACUUCAUAAAAUGCAUCCAUAUUUCCCAGUAGAUAAUGCCUCCUUCUACUCCAAACUACAGGAUAUGGGGCUCUUAUCUACUGGAAAUUGAAAUAUCACAGGUAAGAGCCAAUGUCCCUUUUAGCUUGUUCCCCUCUUUCCACUUCAGUGUUUCUUUUUUUCGAGAUUUACCUGUGGAAGACCUGCCCAUUUUGGAACAUGCAAAAAUAGUGUCUGUCAGGAAUGCAAGAAAAGAACCAGUCAACAAGAAUGAAACUGUAGGAGUUGUGUCCCUCAUCUUAAUUAAAAAUAACAACAUUCAUGGGGCCAAAUCACUGACUUGAUUUUCCUUACCGUGUUUGUAAACUUUUCUAGGUCUGCUCAGUGCAUGCUUUGUCUUUCACACCCUCUGAUUCACUGCCAUCUUGUGAUCACAGUUGGCACUGAUCUCUUGCUUUGAGACACACAGCUACUCUUCCCCAAGUGUUUUGUGUAACAAGACUUUUGGUCAUAACUCAUGGAAGCCCCUACCAUCUUAAGACUGUCUGGGAGUGACUGUUGCUUGUGAAGUGUUCCCCUUUUCUGAAGGUGAACCAUGUUCUGUUCUUCAUAACAGUGAGAUUGGUUCUCCUUAAUACUUCAGGGUAAUAAGAUUGGUACACUGCCAAGGUUUGAUGUUGAGGGAGAAUGUGGGUGCUGUUUUUAGAACCACAGAUUUUGUCCUUUUCUUUGGACACUCUAUUUCUGCCCCAGCACAGGGCAUGGCAGCAGUGUGAAGCAGCUCAGGAAUUAAACAGUAAUGACACCAGGUGAUGGAUCCAGCUUGUCCACAGAACAGAUUUUGCCAGAAGACUUGCCAUACGCUUCUCCUACAGUCCAUACGUUAAAAUGCAACUCAUCCAUUGUGCAGUUAAACAUUGGAAGCCAUUUAGAACCAUCUAACUGCAGACAAAACACUAAAGUGGGUUUACAGUUCAUUGUAAUCUUAAAGGUCCAGAAUGGCUUGUAACCUACCCCUAGUUUUCCCUUUUUACAUCCUUCUUCUGUCAGUGACUCUCCCCCGCCCCAAUAAUUCUGAGCUGCUUGAUUGAUUGUCUUCAGCUGCAGCUAAGGCUCCGCCAGCCAGUUUUUAGAACUGGUUCCAGCAUCAAUUCUCACUUUGAAAAACAUGACAUUUAAAACCCACUUUCUGGUUUUCCUCCAUGUGGAGCUGAUACUUGCUAUAGAGAUUGUUUUUGCUUCUUUUCUCUUGGAAUAGUGAAACUCAUUUGGACACCACAUCCUUUUGACCUCAGAACACCUUUAUUUGAGUUCUGCGGUAACAGACAGGCUGGAUUUAUGAGAUAGGAUCAGUGUUAAUAGCAGAUAUUAAUACUCCCAUUGGUUUCCAGGAGAAGGGGGAUGCCAGCACUGUCUGCUAUAAGUCAGUCUAGAAAUAUUACUGCUCUGUGAAACAAUAUUACAUGCCUCAGGCCUUAUUUUAGGAAUAAGAAUGCAGGACCUAAGUUUCCUAAUUACUUAGGUGCUCCUGGGAUGUUUGUGUGUGUGUGUGUGUGUGUGUUGGGGGGGGGGGGUCAGUUCUGUGUUAGGAUAUGUAUUUUUGCAGAUACACAAUCCUAGAAUGAAACACACCUAAGCUUUUGGUCCUGUCUAGUCAAAACCAAAAACUUACAUGUUGCUUGUUUCAAAAUCCACAUAACAUGCUAAUGAAUAUCAUUUAUGGAUCUUUAAUGUAGUUAUGGUGCAAUCUAUUUUCUUUAAUUUCUCUAAAGGAUGGCUGGGGAGUAAAAGGAGAAGGAAGCAAUUUAUGCAUAAUUGACUGAUGAUAGGGCAAGAAGGAAUGGGUUAAAUUUCUUCAGAUUUUAUCAUUUGAAGAAAUUCUUGAUUUGCACUUACAUAUGCACUGCUUAUCCUUCCUUGCAUGAGAAAAUAUUUUGGAUCAUAAAUCACAGAAUCCCAUAGCCAUUAUAGACACUUGCAUUGGAAUGUAAAUGCACUGGGAUGGUUUCAGAGUCUUCACUCUUGGAAGUUGUCAAGAAAAAUCUUAGCAGGCUUCCCUUGUGGAUGAAUGAUGCUAUGGAGGGUUUCAACAAGAUUAUUCAUUAAUUUCAAACUCUGCUAUACUGUACUGUUGAUCUCUUAAACUGAACAUUGAAUGGAAUGAUGGAGUUACCAUUGCCACUUCUUCAGUGAAAAUGAUUCUGAGUUUGCUUGACUGGACAGCUUGGACUAUAUGUGUGAGAUUCAGCUGUUAUAGUAGGUGUUGUGGAGCUUAAACUUCAUUGAUAUUGUGCAUAUAUCUUUAAUUUCAAAGUGUAACCCACCUUAGGUUCUUUAAUCAAAAUACAUUCCUGAUUUCUCUGCUUUUGUAUUUGGACAAAUGAUUUGGGCAAACAGUGAUUUCGUGCUUUCUCUGUAAAAUUGCAUUGCAUUCUUGGCUGCAUGAUAGGAGAGAUAGGAGGGAGGGUAUCCUUAUUUAUUUCUGAGCAAGAUGGAGCCAGAUACAGCCUAUGCAUAGAGCAGAAUCCCACCAUUGACAUCACCAUGUUUGGCCAUACAUGGUAGCAUACCCAUACAUACUGUGUUCUCAAUGAAUAGGACAGACACAUUAGUUUUAUGUGUUCCACUUUGGGUUAAUAUCCUAGACCUUUAGGAGACAGUAACACUAUUUCUGUAUAAAUACAGAUUACCUCAGUAAUGAAGCAGAUGUGUUCAACAAAACAUUUGGUACCACAGAAAGAAAUAACAUGAAAAGAACAGGGAUAGUAUCCCACACCAAAAAAAGAAGAGCAUCUCAACACUUAUUCAAAACUAACAGAAUGCAUAUAUGAAAUGAAACAACCAUGUCAGGUAAAUAAAACCAUUCAAAUCUUCUAGAGACCACCUGAAAGCUUCUUCCAAAAGGUAUCUAGAGAUUGCUUUUUCUUUCACCAGCCUCUGCUUUUUUGUGAUUUCUAUUAUGGUAGCCAAGCUAUGUUUUUUAAAGACAUACCAGAGUGAGGCAGACUUAUCUGCUCUCCUCUUUUUCCCCUGUUUUGCCUGUUCAUGCAUGCUCAGUAACAGAUUCUGGAGGCAGCUGCUAUUUACCUUGCCUGUUGUAGAAAGGAACACAUGGCAACAGUAGAAUCAGCUGAAGUAUAAUCUCUGUCUCCCAGCCUCAGCUUUAUUGCAGUUACUGUGGACAUGCUGCUGCUACUUGAUGCCAAAAGUCUGUGUUUCUCUAGCACCCCCUCACAACCUUCCAAUCCUGAUGCUAUUAAGUACACAACAGAAAAAAUGUUCUAGCCAGACAGAGGACAAGGAGGACAAGGGGGCUUGGUAGGUAGAAAAAGCCUUUGUAAAGAAGCAUUUUACUGUCAGAGGCUUUGUUAACGGAUAUUUGCCUGUACUCUUUGAAUCUGUGAAGUAAACAGGGUAACUGGAGACAUGCACAAACACUCAGCUUUGCCCUCUGUCUUGCUGAAGCAAGACAUAACUGUUGGAUUCUUCUCAUGCUGAUUUCUUUUUUUCACAUAUAGACCAUGAUAACAUAACUCUUUCUUCCAUUAAAAAAGCACAGUACAGUGGUACCCCGGGAUACGAAAGCACCGCGUUACGAAAUUUCCAGGAUACGAAAAAAUUCUAUAGGAAAAAACUGUUCCGGGUUACGUUUUU